AUGGUUAACGUUCCAAAGACCAGAAAGACUUACUGUAAGGGUAAAAACUGUCGUAAACACACCCAACAUAAGGUUACUCAAUACAAGGCUGGUAAGGCUUCCUUGUUCGCCCAAGGUAAGAGACGUUAUGACCGUAAACAAUCUGGUUUCGGUGGUCAAACUAAGCCUGUUUUCCACAAGAAAGCUAAGACUACCAAGAAGGUCGUUUUAAGAUUAGAAUGUGUUGCUUGUAAGACCAAGGCCCAAUUAACCUUGAAGAGAUGUAAGCAUUUCGAAUUAGGUGGUGAAAAGAAGCAAAAGGGUGCUGCUUUACAAUUUUAA